CCCCUAGCAAUCCAAUCUGUGGCUGAUACAUGACCAUGUAGUCAUAGUUUUUGGGUGGAUGACAAUGACAUUCUACAUGCCACAUUUGCCGACUGUCAUGACCAUUUAGUGUUUGUGUUGAGCUCUUUUCACACUUGAAGAUUCUACAUUUUGGUCUAGAUUGUGUUCUCGAAGUUCUAUAAACUUGAUUCAGAACUCUUUAACCUGACAAAUCCAACUCUUUUGAAUCCAUUUCCACAAGAGAAGAAGUUCCAGAGAUGAGCUGGUGGUGGGCCGGAGCUAUUGGAGCUGCACGGAAAAGGUUUGGAGAAGAAGAUGACGCGCCACCCAAACACCAGAGCGUGGCUCUAAUCCUCGGCGUUACCGGCAUAGUCGGCAACAGCCUCGCCGAGAUCCUCCCUCUGGCUGACACGCCCGGCGGCCCAUGGAAGGUUUACGGCGUCGCUCGCCGACCAAGACCCGCCUGGAACGCCGACCACCCUAUCCAGUAUAUCCAGUGCGAUAUUUCCGCCGAGGAAGACGCCCAAUCCAAGCUGUCUGUGCUGACAGAUGUCACGCAUGUCUUCUACGUGACAUGGGCCCACCGACCCACGGAGCUGGAAAACUGUGAAGUCAACCGGAAAAUGUUGGGGAACGUCCUAAACGCCGUCGUCCCAAACUCUCCAGAUCUGAAGCAUAUCUGCCUGCAAACCGGCCAAAAACACUACUGGGGCCCCUUCGAACUGUCCGGAAAACUCUCCCACGACCCGCCGCAUCACGAGGAUUUGCCGCGACUCGACGCCCCCAACUUUUACUACGUUCUCGAGGAUCUCCUGUUCGACGAGGUAAAGAAGAAGGAGGGAUUAACGUGGUCGGUCCACCGGCCGGGAUUAAUCCACGGCUUCUCUCCGUACAGCAUGAUGAACGCCGUCGGAACUCUCUGCGUCUACGCCGCUAUCUGUAAGCACGAGGGAAUCCCUCUGAGAUUCCCCGGGAUUAAAGCUGCUUGGGACGGCUACUACAAUUGCUCCGACGCAGAUUUGAUUGCAGAACAUGAAAUCUGGGCAGCAGUGGAUCCAUCCGCCAAGAAUGAAGCUUUCAACGUCAGCAAUGGAGAUGUCUUCAAGUGGAAGCAUUUCUGGAAGGUGUUAGCCCAGAAGUUUGAAGUGGAAGCUGCAGAAUUUGAGGAGAAAACGCCGAGUCUGCAGGUGAUGAUGGAAGACAAAGGGCCGGUUUGGGAGGAGAUUGUGAGGGAAAACAGGUUGUUGCCUACGAAAUUGGAGGAUGUCGGUCAAUGGUGGUUUAUGGAUGCUGUCUUGGGUGCAGAAUGUCCCCUGGAUAAUAUGAACAAGAGCAAAGAACAUGGGUUUCUGGGAUUUAGGAACUCCAAGAAUGCCUUCGUUUCAUGGAUUGAUAAGGUGAAAGCUCAUAGGAUUGUUCCUUGAGACUUUUAGAUUGGGCUGUGUAGCUAGCAAUAAGAUGCGUUUAUAAUUAACCUACAAUAAAAUAUUUGGAAUGCUAUUCCAAAUAU